GCCAGACCGAAGGCCGUGCUCUCUGUCCGCAAAUACACUUCCUGGACUCGACAUUCGCUGGGAUGCUGGUUAUAGAUGGCUGGUGAUGGCCACGCAGCACAGCUUGUCUCAACCCGCAUCAUGAAAAUUUCACCAGACUUUUGGCGAAAUGAGACUUCGGGUGGACUAAAGGGGACCGCCAGCCCACCCGUAUUGUCUUUUGUCUCGGUUCACCAACAUCCUUGAUCAACAAUCCAUUUGAGACAAACAGACCUGGGUACUAGAUUCUUGUCUGAAGAACAAAGUGUAGAGAGAGAGGAGGAGAGGAGGAGAGAGCAUCUUGCACGGCUGCGCAACAAGCGACGCAGAAGAUGAAGAGGGAGGAGGAUGGGGAGACAGGCAGACGGAGGCGAGGCGUGUUACAUCGCCUAAGUUUGACACUUUGACAAGCGCUCGUGCGCCUCCGCUCUGCUCGUGCAACGCGCGCGCUGUGCACACAGGCGCGACAACUCGGGAAGGCAUCUGAGAGCCGGGGGAGAGUUGUCUUUUUCUGGUUUGUCUCUCACCAUUCGCUCGCUUUGCUUUGCCACGCGCAAGAGAGGUGAACCUUUCGCCAGAGCAGACUGCACUGCAUUAAAAAAAAACCUCAGCAGACUAUCAGAAAAAGAAAGAAAAAAAAAAAAAAACAAGUGGAAGAAAAUACGACAGUUUAUCAGGCUUCGCGCGUGUGUGUGAGGGGAUAGAUUUCACAAAAAAGUGGGGAUAGAAAAUAAAUUGUGCGAGUUGACCUGCAUCGACGAAGUACCCGACGCAGCCCUUAAGCCCUCCCGAUUGAACAGAAGACAAUUUACAUGCAGUUUCGGACCCGGAGGAUCGCCUGGGCUUCUCACUAAGGCCGUGACUGGGUUUUAGCGACGGAAGCAAGAGGCAGUGAAUAGCCAGGACAGUUUCUCGUGGCUUCUUCGAGGACAUUUUAUGAAGCAUAAUCGAGCGAUGUCUGUGUAUGUGGCAACUCCACAAACUUUGCUCAAGUGACCCACGGUCCUUGGAAGUAGGAAGUCGGAUGACUUCGGUUACUGGUCAGUAAUGCUACAACGGCUUUGAUGUGGUAUCAAGAUGCUAUGGUGCACUGCGCAAAGCCUGAUGAUUCCACCGAGCAGUCAGUGCACUGCGAAAAGGUAAGACUGCUUAGCGAAGAUCGAACUGGAAUUGCAGGAAGUUGUCCGCAGACGGACGUGGAAAGGUUGGUCUAAAAGAAGAAGAAAUAAAAGGGAAAAAACGCUCGCACACAGAAGAGCUGCUUUAUUGACAGUUCUCAGGUUAGUACACUAGAUGCGAAUCUUUGACCACACAUUGUUUACCUGCAGACUGACAUUACCUGCUCAUGUACAGCUCUCGGAGGUGUACUCAGUACGUGGUUCUCUCCUCCUUCCAAAGUUGUGUGCCCCCGGUUUCUAUGACGCUACGACAAGGGGUGGAAAAUGCAAUUGUGCUCGUAAACACAUCGAAAGCCAUUUGCAGAGCGGUGAUCAAAGAGCUAUGCACGGGUGGCGCGGACCCAGACUGUGUCUUGACGAGAAAAUCAUUUCCGACGCCAAGUUAAAAACAAGCUCGGUUGAUAAACAGACUUUGAUCUCACUGCCGAACAUUAGGCUUCUCUGGGAAAGAAAAGCUCUUUAAACUUGCUGUUAUUAAUAUUUAUAUUAGUAAUAUCAUAUUUUUUGUUAAAAAGAGAGGGGUGCUGUCAGCUGCCAGACCUGUCAAGGUCCAAGUUUUCCAAGGGCACGCGGCAUUGUCUUGAUGAGAAUACAAUAAAGGAGUUGAUGUCCGUGACACAGCAUUCGUUAUAAUUCUUCGCUAGGCGGCGCUGGGAUGAAGGAGUAAGGCCACUUGUCAGUCACAUCUCGCAGAAUAACGCCCAAGUUUUUUUUUUCUUGAAUUGUGAUUUGCAAAUAUCCGCCAGUCAUUCAGCGUUCUCACGACUUUGACAAAGUGGUAAUGGGUCUGCAGUCGAGCGGUGCUGCUACAAGGUCUUGGUAAAAGCUCGGCCAUUGUCUCCUGCGGCUUGUCCGUGCUGUGAGCAAAACACUGCGGAUGGCAUUGGAUCGGAUCCGCUGAAGGCAGUCACCAUCCGCUCCAUGUACACGCUGUAAAAAAAAAAACCCAACAAAAUCAUAAACAUGUUACUAGACAUCUGGAGACUUCAAAUGCUUUAGACGAAAGUCUUCUGCACUUCCAUGUGAAGUCGUUCGUGCGUGUUUGACUGUUUGAUUAGUGCGCCCUUCCUGUGAUAAGGAAUUAAGACUUCGAGAAUAUCCAAGGCAUGGACUGCAUCCACAAGGAAAUGGAUUCGAUCUACAAGUGUUUGACCUAAAACUCCUCGCGUGCAUCGUGUCCCACUGCAAUAGGAGUCCCCACCCGAGAGCCUCAAGUGCCGGAAGUUGAUAACUUGUGGGGCAAAAUGGACCUCCUCUUCUUUGUUCUUCUUGCCUUCGCCCAAACCAGAUGUACAGAGGGCGUACAGGAUAAAGAAGAUGCCAAACGAGUGAUAGACGACACACCUGUAACGGUUACGGUGAUCCAGAGCGCGACAGCCAUCCUCCCAUGCAGCGUGCACCAGUCCUACACGGAGGGGUCAAAGGACAUGUACAAGGUGGUGUGGGUCAGUCCAGCUCAGACAGCGAUAAGCAUAGAGGACCGACGAGUCAUCAAUGACAUGCGCAUCAGCGUGGAGCGGACCUUCGUGUGGGACUGGAACCUACACAUCCGGAACGUGUCCAUCACGGACGCCGGGACGUACAUGUGUCAGAUCAACACCAUGCCUGUCAAAACCAAGCGCGUCCAUCUUGUUGUACAAGUUCCACCCUCUUUCGUGGAAUACACACGCCCUCAGGAAAUCCAUAAAAAUGAGGGAGAGCAGGUGGAACUGUUCUGCAAUGCCACAGGGAUUCCUGCCCCAGUGGUCACGUGGUGGCGACAGAAUUACUACACCUCUGGCACUAGAGAGCGAGUCGGGGAACUGCCAGGUGAGCGGCUUGUCAUUCGAAACAUCACCAGAAUGUGCGCCGACUACUACGUCUGCAUCGCCGACAACAACGUCCCCCCGGCCACCAAACAGGAAUUCCGUGUCGAUGUAGACUAUCCACCCGAGAUAAAGUUGCACAACAAUCGCAUCGGACAAGAGGUGGGCAAGGAGACCAUCCUCGAGUGUGUCAUCUCCGCCUCGCCGCUAGGGGUCUCCGUGUGGCGACGAAAUAGUGAGGCUCUCAACAAACAUCCGAAUAAAGGAAAGUACGAGGUGAACAUCUACGACGUCGCCAGUGAGCUCAACACCAUCGUCAUGAGCCUGCGGAUCGUGCGCGUGGAGAUGGAGGAUUAUGGGAGCUACGCAUGUGAAGCCCUCAACAAGCUGGGCAAGGUGUCCAAAAACAUGGAACUCUACCAAAUCGAACCGAAACUUCCACCGACUACAACGACAACGACGCCGGCCACUACCACGACCACCACAACCACAGCAAAAGAAAAGUUUGUCCUCGCGGAUCCUGAUAACCGACCUACAGGGUUUGGCGGUGGCAAGAACCCGGAUGUGAUCUUUAAUGGUCAGGAACUGGCCAAUCGGAAUGGCUACCCACCCCGGGGAGGAACAUACGGAAGCACACCUGAAGUCAAACCUUCUGGAAUGCAUGGUCCUGAAUCAAACGUUUACGACAAGUCGUCCAGCGGCAUUUCCGGUUCCGCUGACUUUUUCUAUCUUUACGUCCUGAGUCUGUGUGUGGCGUCGUCAUUAUGGUUCAAAGACUACUUGGUGUAACUUAGAAACAAUUUUUAGAAAGAAAAAAUCGAAUAAACUGAAUGGUUUUGUGGCAUGCCCUUUGAAAUGCAGUUUGCUAGACAUUGCAAUCCGCAGAAAUGUACACGGCUUCACUAAUGAAGUUAUUUUACCUUAAGAUAAUCUGUCAAUUUUUGGACGGAAUGUACAUGCAACAUAUCUGGAGAAAUGUUUGCUUGUGAGGUCUGAAGAUUCAAAACACUUAAAGUUUUUAAUACUCACACAUCUGAUUGGUUCACGCUUGUGGUCACUGUUUAAACAGAAGCGCUUUCGAAAUAUGUUUCAACAUUUUCCUAACGAGAUAAAAAUUACAAUUCAAAAAACCAGAUAGGAAAUUUUGUGGGAGCUAAUAUAAAGUUUCUUUUUACAGCAUAUUUUUUUUCAGAUGAUGCACUUUGCCGAGAAGUGAUUUCAAGUGUACAGGGAGAAGAGCAGCUUCUUUAACACCAGCAACCAGUUCCAUUGUUGCUUUUCAUAUCAUUUCAAACUGUUCCAGAUUCAUCGUACCAGUAGCGAAUUCUGCUAGUUUGAGAAUGUCCUCGUUUCUUUUCAAAAUUAAAAAUGGGAGAAUUUUUUCUAAAAAAAAACAAACAAACAGCGGCUUUCUUAAAAUUCAUAUAUUCCCAUUAAAAUGGUGCAUAAUCAUAACCAUUGACUAUGAGUCGCCAAACUCACUGGUCUUGCAUGUAUAUUACGAAGGACAGUUUUAUUCGUCAACUUUAACCUGAUCUUAUAUGCUAAUUCUGGAGAAUGAUUUAAUCUAUGUCAAGAUUGCUUUCACACGAAUUUUCGCAAGUGUUCAGUUAAUAAUGUCUUUGGGGACAGCUGCAGCAGUUGAAUGCCACUGUUUAAACUCACGUCCCCGCGUAUUGUCAACAAGACAAACUGCUCAAAUAUAAAUCUGUGUCGAUACCUAUCGUUCCGAAAAUCUCUCAAUAGAGAGAACUUCAGCACAGGUCUCUUUAAAACGAGUCCCGCGAGGCCCACUGCACCUAAUUGUCUAUUCCUGUUGAACCCAGAGAGGAGUACAACAAGCCAUUUCACGCCAAACGUAAGAUGAAUCAUUGUCGGAUAUGGUACCCGGGUGUGCCACUGCUGUGUUGGUUUCCCAGGAUUCUCUGCUGGUAGUCAGCCAUAAAGGCUCCAUCCUCCGGGAGCUUCAGGCGCCGUAAUCGAUGAUCUGCGAAUCAGGAAGGGAGAGCAUUUAGACGGCAGCCUCGCGUUCCUCCCUUCAGUUCCACCAGAUACAGGUCUGCCACAGGGUGAAAAGGCAAGCAGAUACAAUAAUGAAAUAAAAUAAUGGACAUUUAAAGGAUUCUGUAUUUAUUUCUUGAUAUAUUUAUCUUGCAAUUAUUGGACUACAGACUAGGAUAAUUGCAUCGGCGUGUUGUUACUGCUGGUGGCUAUCAAUUCAUCGCUCGUAAUACCUCCAUUCUACCCCGACCUCACAGGCCCCCAUACCCACAACCAUUGUUAUUAUUAGAACUUGUAGUAAUCGUUUGGGGUAGGGGUAGCUUCUGUAGCAAGCGCUCAGUUGUUGCCCUCAUCUCUUUGCCCUCUGACAACUGCGACGACCCUUCCUUCUCUCUCUGGACUCGACUUAUUCCUGUUUAACACAAUUUGUUCCCUUGUCUCCAGUUUUGUUUCCUCGAAGCUUGUAUAUGUCUCUGACUACCCGUAUGUCCGUUUACUCGUUGCACUCUCUUUCUUUUUCAUUGUCUGUUUCUUCCUUCUUUCAUUCUCUACUGCAUUGUUCUCUUUACAAAUAUCUGAAUGCCCUAGAAUUCGUCCCAGUGACCCCUUGACCUGUUUGUCCAACAAAUAAGUUAUCAGUCUGUAGAUAUCUGAAUUCCCAUGGAAGUGCCAAUAAAGAGGUAUCUGCAAGGCAAAUGAAAAAAAAGUGCAUGGGUGUCAAAGUCGGGUAACACCAUUUCGCGGGUUUGUCAAGGAUGGCAUGAUGCAAAGCAAAGCGUGAAGCUGCCGAAGCAAGUUUAUAGAGAUCCAUGGUCGGUCUUAAAUUAAUUGUCCACAGCUUCGUCGUGGGAAAGAAAAAAUGCUUUCUUGCUGUUCUGGCCACUUUUUCACUCUUAAAAAUCGUUCAUUGGUUCCGGAAGAAGUAGAUAUAGCACUGAAAACAAUUACGGCGAAGAUUGUCGCAAAAAAAAAACAGAAA